AUGGCGGCUGCGACAUCUCCCGGUACAAUGUCGUUCAAUGGAUUGGACCUAUCCAACGCCUCCUUCAGCCCCACAGCAAUUGAUAAUCUUUCAAAGCCUUCAAUAUCCCCUCGACUCAGCAGUCCCGGGCCUCUCCCGCUACCCAGCUUCGUCUUCCCGGCUCCGCUACCACAGCCCUCUGGCUCAAGAUCAGCACCAGCCUCCUUCUCCAGAGCCUCGGGUCGGCGACCACUGAGUGCCAUUGAGACCCGAAGUCAAUCAAAGGAAUGGACAGCUGGCAAUGGCGAACCCUCACCAUCGCCAGAAUCACCGUGGGCAUUGCCAAGAACCAUUCCACCAAGACCAAGCAGCACGCACCAACGAAACGUCUCCGAGUUUAUAGGCCGUGAUGGUCUGAAUGGAGUCGGAGGUGGGUUGAUGUCGACAAGCCCUACAAAGUCCGAAGGAGCCCUCCCCAACUCUCCUACUACACUUGGGCCCCCUGGAGGCCGUCGAGGACACGCCCACAGAAGAUCAGCAGCUAUCAGCGUGAGCGACUUGGCAUUUAUUCUCAAGCCUAAUGUCACCAAUACUCGAGGUGGGAGUGCUCCUACAUCGCCUUCGGCGAUGCGUGAGCGCCACCCUAACAUGCCCUCUCUCGAUGCUGCAAUCCAGCCUGCGAAAUCAUUGAACGAUCUGGCAGAUCCGGAACUCAGCCCCAAGACACCCAAAAGCCGAGUUGGAUUUUCUGACGAAGUUUCGAUUAUCCCUAGACCACUGUCCAUGGUCUCCAGCGAUUCUUCCAGCACAGUUCGCCAUGGACAUUCGGUCUCUAAUUCAAUGUCCUCGAUCGUUUCGGGGCCAUCCUCGCCAUCCUCGAAGGAUAUACGUAAUACUUUGUCAUCGACGCACAGAACGGUUGACGCUCGGCCUCGCACUGCAGAACCCAUCUUAGACAGAGAACAGUUAGAAGGCAUCAACGGACGAGGCUCGCUCACUCUUCUGGAAGAUGUUGCGGCUGCAUCAACCCCCUCAACCCCAAGAUCUGCGAAGAAAUGGCAAUUUUUCGGCAAUGAGAAUGCUUCUGGCGAAUCAUCUCCCAAGUCUCGCCCAGCCAGCGCUGCCUCGUCCGCAAAGGAGUCUAAAAAGGCUGAAACUGCUCCAUCUUCUCCUGACUUGACGUCUCCAGCGAACCCAGUCGACUCGAUGGAGCCACGCGCCAGCUCCCGAAGGUCCUCUAUAUCUAAAAAGCCGAGCAAGAACAAGAAAAAGGUUAAAUCCUGGGCUGGAUCAAUCCUCUCGCGCAAAUCUCGACAGCGGAAACCCAAGCUUUCCCGCCGCUCACCUACUCCACCCCUGAGAGCAUACACACCACCAGUCGGUCAAACGAACCACUUCAACUUCAAUGAAUCUGAGCACUCGGUACUCGAGAAACCGGGUACUCAAGCGGAUUUCACCAACUGGAAGCCACGCGAGCUGCCACUUCAAGAAGAAAUUCUAAGUCCCAUUAUCGAUCUGGAUGCCGCCCUUGGUCCUUUCAAUACUCCAUCGAGUUUCGGUGAUGACUGGACUAAGUCUCAGCAAAAUGGAAAGAAGAAGCGGGCUAUGCACAGUGCGGCGGGACUGGCUGGCUUCACAGGACCCGGAAUGCAUUAUCACAGACGGACCGAAAGUGCCCCCGAAUUUGAGAACGCUCGAUUUGGUCUCCAUAGACUAGGAAGCAACUCGAAAAUGGCUAUGGAAGACGUCUUCGAAGAGGAUGAAGAUGAGGAGUGGGAAGAUGCCAAAGCCGCCUCUGACAAGGAAACAAGCAGCAGGGCAAGCGAUGCCGAAGAUGUUCACUCUGGUCUCUGUAUCGAUAUCAAGGUUGUGGACUCGGAUGGUAUGGAUUCUGAGACGCCAACGGACUUUGACGAUGCUACAUUUCAGCGCGCAUUGAAGCGAAAAUGCUCUAGUUUGAGUGAGGGGGACCGCCGUAACAUGAGCUCGACCAAGUCAGCACACUCGACCACUUCUCUGAUCGAUGAGCCAAUUGAGGAGGAAUGCAUUCCCGUGGAGAUAGCCGAUGAUUCUGUUCCACCGAGGCCUGACUCGAGAGCCCAAUCCUCGGACUCGACUGUUACCCCCCCAUUCCGACCUAGACUACCCAAAGAACUUCCUCCUGUCGAUAUACAACCAUACUCUCUCCAAGCACCGUACCCUACUCCAACCAGCCCCAUCUCUUCUAGUCAAGCGUCUUUCCCAUCGCCACGCUCUCCACUAUCGUACGAUACGCAGCGCAUUUCAACCGCCCCGUCCUCUUUCAAUGAUGAGACCGCUUUCCAGUCGCUGCUGAUGGGGGAGCCAGGCCCUGAAUUGCGAAUGUCAGUUGAUGACGUACCUUCUUUGUCGAGCAGCAACUCUACCAUGACGAGAGACAACAGUGGCAUUAACACUGGUAUUUACUCUCAGCUUCGAGAAGGACAUCGUUCUGCUUCUGUUUCCUCGGCAGCGAUCAAUCGCAAACGAUCUAGUCUGGCCAGCUUGUCACGGCUCAUCAGUAGCUCCCACGGCGAGAAGAGCAAGCUUUCAAUCGAGUCCAGACCCCAAAGUGCAAUUGAAGGAGAGAAGAAGGAGAAGACGAGCAAAGGGAAGCGAAUUGGUCGUAUGAUGCAAUUCUGGAAGCCAAAGGACUCUAGCGCCCCAGCAUCCUAA